UAAAGAAGAUGACAGCUGUAUCCCCUUCCUGGUACGAAAACCUGAGCAGAUCAUAUUUGAUUUAAUAGUUGGGCACCUUGACGUAUCUCCAUUGUCUGAUGGUUGGACAGCAGGGAAUAGAGAUGGCAUAGUUGGGAGAGAACUUCCUGUAGUAUGAAUGGGUUUUACAUGCAAGAAGAACCUUAGAUGCAAGAAGAGCUCCAACAAAACAAUCAAUGAAGUGGUCACCCAUGAAAAAGUGUGGGUUUCUAUAUCUAGAGCACAUCAAAGGUUUUCUGUGGGACUAAGAUGUAGUAAGGAGGUCAUUUAGAUUUGCUGUUACGGUUCCUUUUGCUUGAUCUCCUACAGACUCCCAUGUUAGAUGCUUUAGAGGUGGGCUAUCUCACACUGCUUGUAGAUGGACACUCCCUGCACUUCAAAUCUCAGAGAAGUGUCCUGAUCAAACCUCUACAGAACCUGGUGUUUGUCCAGACUGAUAAACCCAUCUACAAACCUGGACAGAAUGUUCAGUUCCGCAUCGUGUCCCUGGAUGAGAACUUUUAUCCUAUGAGUAAUCAACACAGACUUGUCUUUCAGGACCCCCAAGGCAACCGCAUAAGCCAAUGGCUGAAUGUGGAGCUCAAGCAAGGGAUUACCCAGGAAUCCUUUCAGCUUAGCUCUGAGCCAACAUUUGGGACAUACAGAGUGAAUUUGGAGAGAGAGAAAGGUCACCCUGUUUCACACAGCUUUAGUGUGGAGGAAUACGUAUUGCCAAAAUUUGAGGUGCAGGUGAAACUGCCAAUGGUUCUAACUAUUCUGGACAAAGAAGUGAAAGUGACUGUGUGUGGCAGAUACACAUAUGGAAAGCCAGUGUUGGGCAUCAUCAACGUCCGUGUGUGCAGAAAGUUCUCUGAGCGGUACAAUCCAUGUCCAGAUGAAGAAGAUGGCGUGUGUGAGGAGAUUAACCAACAUGCCGGUCCUAAUGGCUGCAUCUCCGAUGUGGUGAACACUAAAAUCUUCCAGAUGAGACGCACAGGUUACGAAAUGAAAAUCAUAGCUUCGGCCAAAAUAACAGAGGAAGGGACAGGUGUUGAACUGACUGGUGAAGGUUCUUCUGCGAUUAAGAGCACCAUAGCUAAAGUAUCUUUUCGGCAAUUGGAUUCCCAGUAUAAAAUAGGCAUCCCCUUGUAUGGGCAGGUGUUCUUGGAGGAUGCAGCUGGAAAUCCAAUGAGCAAUGAGACGGUGGUGGUUUAUGUUGGGGACGAUGGAACCAAUUUCACCUACAUAACAGCUCAGGAUGGAACAGCCGAGUUCUCCCUUGAUACCAGCUCCAUCAAACUGCCAUCUCUCAGGAUCAAGGUCAGUUACAAGACUGUAGGCUACUGCCCCAGGAACAGGUGGCUCGUUGCAUCCUAUGAGGAGGAAACACGGACCAUUAACAAUUUCUACUCCUGGAGCAAAAGCUAUUUGAAAAUCCAACCUAUCCAUAGGACUUUGAAGUGCCAAAGAGUAGAGGAAGUCAAUGUGCAUUACAUUCUGACUUCUGAAGGUGUUGGAGAGGCAAGAAAUGCAGUGUUUCACUACUUGGUAAUGGCAAAGGGAGGCAUAGUAGAAAAUGGGAAACACACAUUGGCACUUAUCUCAAAUCAAGAGGCACAUGGACACUUCUCAUUUGACCUACCUGUUAGAAUUAACAUCUCACCUUCUGCCAAGGUCUUGGUUUAUCUUGUUCUGGACAGUGGGGAGGUCAUUGCAGACAGUAUCACGCUGAAGGUGGAAAAAUGCUUUGGAAGCAAGGUCAAACUCUCAUUUUUCCCCACUGAAGCUCUUCCAGGAUCUCAGGCCCAUCUCCACUUAGUUACAAGUCGUGCGUCUCUGUGCGCUCUACGAGCCGUAGCUGAGAGUGUGUUGCUUUUGAAACCAGAGGAUGAACUAUCUGCACAAACUAUAUGCGACUUGUUGCCGUUAAAAGACCUUAGCGGAUAUGAUCACGAUGGAAAAUUCCUUGAAGAGCCUUGGGAAGACACAUGUUUGUCAUUGGAGCCCAUCUUUUUGAAUGGUGUUUAUUACACUCCAUUAAAUCCAGAGGAUAACACAGACACUUACACAAUCUUAAAGAAUCUGGGCCUUAAGGUUUUUACAAACAACAAUAUCAGGAUCCCACUUGUCUGUGAACAGGCAUUGAGCAUUGAAGAAGUGAAUUUCAUGCCAUUGUUGGGAAGUGCUGAUUUUGGAUCUGAUAUAGCUCCAAUGGCAUUAUUGCAGUCAAUGGAAGUCACUGAGACGGAUCGAAGAUAUUUCCCAGAGACUUGGCUUUGGGACCUUGUUGAAACAGAUGCUGAAGGGAAAGCUGAUCUGGCAGCGACUGUUCCAGACACCAUAACAACCUGGAAAACUGCAAUGUUCUGUAUUUCACAGGAUGCCGGGUUUAGCCUUUCUGAAACUGUAUCCCUGGUAGCUUUCCAGCCUUUCUUCCUUGACCUUACCAUGCCGUAUUCUGCUAUCCGUGGAGAGAAAUCUACUUUAAAGGCCACAGUGUUUAAUUACCUUUCACAGACCAUAAGGGUGGCCAUUUCAUUAGAAGAUUCAGACCAGUUCUUGGCUAAACCCAAAAACCUACAGGAAGAUGGCUACUGUGUCACAGGCGAUGGUCGAGUCACACUAUCUUGGGAUGUGACCCUUAAGUCUUUAGGGGAAGUGAACUUUACAGUGAGUGCUGAGACCCUGACAGGAGAAGACCUGUGUGAGAAUGAGAUUUUUAACCCAAUACAGGGUAGAAAGGAUACAAUCACCAAACAUAUCCUGGUGGAGGUAGAAGGAGUGGAAAAAGAGGAGACACAGAAUGCCAUGAUUUGUGGUAAAGGUUCAGAGAUAAAUGAGGCUAUUCACUUGAAACUCCCAGAGAAGGUAGUAGAAGGUUCAGCACGGGCGUAUUUCUCUGUCGUUGGUGACAUUCUAGGUACGGCCAUGCAGAACUUGGGGAACCUCGUUCAGAUGCCAUAUGGUUGUGGAGAGCAGAAUAUGGUUCUCUUCACCCCAAAUAUUUACAUCUCAGAAUAUCUGAACAAAACUAAUCAGCUGACUCCAGAAAUGAAAUCAAAAACCCUCAACUACAUGAGCACCGGCUACCAAAAGCAGCUUUCAUACAAACACGAUGACGGCUCCUACAGUGCAUUUGGACAACAAUAUGGAGAGGGGAAUACCUGUCUGACUGCUUUCACAAUGAAGUCCUUUGCCCGAGCAAAAGCUCACAUUUAUAUUGAGGAGAAGCUGAUCUCAGAUGCUCUUACUUGGUUGUCAAACCAUCAAAAGGAGAAUGGCUGUUUCCAUAGUGUCGGCAGACUCUUCAAUAAUGCUAUGAAGGGUGGCGUAGAUGAUGAAGUCACACUGGCUGCCUUCAUAACAAUUUCUCUUCUGGAAUAUCCACUACCUGUCACACACCCUACUGUCAGAAAUUCUCUCUUUUGCCUGGAGACCGCAUUGAGAGGCCAGAACAUCAUCUACACUAAGGCCUUAAUGGCUUACGCCUUCACUCUUGCUGGAAAGAUGGACAUCCGCCAUCAGCUCCUACAAUCAUUGGAUGAACAGGCCAUCAAGAAAGAUGGUACAGUCCAUUGGCAACGCCCAGAGACUGCUGAUGAUUCCAGGCUGUACAGGGACCCUUACAGUCAGGCCCCUUCUGCAGAAGUAGAGAUGACUUCAUAUGUGUUACUGGCUCUCUUGUCCAAAUCUAAUGUUACAGAUGAAGAUCUGACCUUGGCCACCCAGCUUGUCUCUUGGAUCAUAAAGCAGCAGAAUCCUAGUGGUGGCUUCUCCUCAACUCAGGAUACGGUUGUGGCCCUCCAGGCUCUUGCCUUGUAUGGCUCUCUCACUCUCAGCCAUGAUGCCACCCAAAAUGUUUUACUCUCUCUGGACAAAAUUCCAGUUGCUAAGUUCAAAGUGGAGGAUUCAAACCGGUUGCUUCUCCAGAAAAUGACUCUGAAGGAAGUCCCUGGGGAUUAAACAGCCACAGUCAGUGGUUCAGGGUGUCUGUACCUCAAGACAACCCUGAGAUAUAACGUUCCCCACCCCAAAGAAGAUGCCGCUUUCACUAUCUUGAUAACCACAGAGCCUACAACCUGCGAUCAGAAGUCCCUCAAAUCAUUUGCAGUAGUGGCCAAUGUAAGUUAUAUUGGCAAGAGUGAAAACUCAAAUAUGGCUGUAAUGGAAAUAAAGAUGCCGUCAGGAUAGAUUCCUGUGAAGUCUUCUGUCAAAAAGCUGCCUCAGUUAAACAACUUCAUUAAAAGAACAGAGACUCUGGCCAAUAAAGUCAACGUGUACUUUGAGUCGCUCUCCAAGGACAUCCAGAGUUUUAUUUUCUUGGUGGAAGAGGACAUUCCCAUUAGCAACCUCCAGCCAGCCACUGCUAUCAUCUAUGAUUACUAUGAGAAAGAUGAUUUUGCAGUGACCGAGUACAAAGCCCCCUGCAGUGUGAAAGAUGGUGAAAACAAUGAGUAACAGUGAAGAAGGGAUGAAGAAGCACAAGCUCUGCCAUAACAUGGACUCAAACAUUUUUGAUUGUGAGAUCAGUUGACCUAUAUUUUUGGAAGGACAUGAUAGGCUUCUCUUCUUCCAUCAAGUUUAUUUCUUGAGUACGUCAGAUUAAGCAAAUGUAUAUAGAGAAUAUGAAUGCAGAGAACCAAGUACAACCGUCAUUAUUUCAUUGUGGGACAACGCGUUUCAUAUCUGGCUUUCCAAAUGGCAGUCUCCACUUAAAAAUGCCUUUUGACUGUAAAAUUAUUUUGAUGUCUUGUAAGCAAGUAAAUAGAAAUAGCAACUGAAUACAAAGGGGCAAAGUCAUAAUUUUUAAGGCUGCCACAAAAGACUGGGCUGUUUCACCAAAAAUGACUAAACGUGUUCUAUUCUACCAGUGAUAAAAGCACCUUAGCACAUCCAUCUGCUUCUCAAACUGACUGUAGGAAAUGCUUAUUGAAAUGAAGUAGAUAAUUAAACUAUAAUCUCAAACCCAUAUUCAUUUACAGAACACCCAUAGUUGGUAAGUGUAGUUGUGUGCUGCAUUCAACAGUAUCCAGUUUUCUUCUUUGAGCUUCAGAAUGUGAAUUGAACGUGUGAGCAAGGUAAUGAUAGAUCUAUUUAGAGAAGAGGAGGUUCAUAGCAGCUUCCUUUAGUGUCUAUAGUCAGGAGCAGAUUGUACUCCACAGGGGUGAAUGGAGACAUGAUGGUGAAGAAAUUGCAAGUUUGGGGAAAGGUCCUAAAAUAAUUUUGGUUCUUUAAGUUCUAUUUCUUCACAGUUCACAGAUUCGAG